GGAGCAAUAAACUGGCUUAGCCGCUAACUAUUUCAGAUCCAGAUACGUGUAAAUACGUGACUGUGAACGGGUUCCUCAAGUUCCAAUGCACGAUAAAAUAUUCGGCUAUCAGUUUAACGUACUGAAGUGUCCCUCUGGAGAUGGUUACUACCAAGCUUUAGACGGAGUCUUUGAUAACCGACAACAGGUGUACUCUAGAGCGUGUCAGAAUGACACAUACCAUUACCAGGUAUGUGGGGUCAUUGAGGACAUCUCUCAGAGGAAAUACGACGCGCAGUUCCUGUGCGCCUAUUACGUGUGCCAGGACCUCCGGUAUAAAAACACGGGAAAAUACAUGAGUGGUAGUCUGUUGGAUCUUUAUAUAAAAUGUAAUGGUCAGGUUGAAUGUGAGGGUGGGGAGGAUGAGUUAGGAUGUGAUGGUAUAACUCCUGAAACCCAAUAUACCUGUUUUAUAUACGGCACCCAGAUACCAAGGAGUAAACUUUGUGACGGUGUUUACGAUUGUCUCGCAGGGGACGAUGAAAACGGUUCGUGUCAUCAUAAAACAGGACUAUUCUGUAAAGAUAGGAAGGGAGAUACAGUGUGGGUCCAUCCUCACUACAUAUGUAUGGAGUGGAAUAUCUGUAGAGAUGGGGAGGAUACCCAGGACUGUGAUAUUCACGAAGGAGGCAGGUGGUGUCAGAGUCGUCCUGGCCUCGAGCAAAGGUACAUCAAACCAUCCCAGAUGUGUUACCACACGCAGGGUAAAGAAGCUCUGGACUACAAAGUCUGUACUGAUGGCAGAGAUCAACUGAACUGCACUAAUGUAGCUCUAACAUGUGAAGUAGAUGGGUAUCCAACUACUAUCUCCAACUACGGGCUCUGUUUAGGUAACCACCAAUGCGCGGAUGGGUUUGAUGACACGUGCACCUUGGCAGAGACGGACUGUUACCUUCACAAACACCAGUUCUGUGAUGGCACUAAGGACUGUGACUACGAAGGAGACGAAAUGGCGGCUAUCUGUGAAGAUGUAACUUCUAACUUCAAGUGUGUGAGAAGAGUGGUGACUAGUACAGCUGCAGAUAAACCCCUUCCUUACUCCUGGUUGUGUGAUGGCAUAGUGGACUGUUCUGAUGGAAGUGAUGAGGAUCUCAGCUUCUGGAAUGUGUGUGGGAGCAAGGAGACUGUGAUCAGGUGUGUCGAGAAAACAGACUCCUGCUCCGAGAUGUUUAGAUGUCCAAGAGUUGACAGAGAGUUCUCAAGACUCCAGAGUUUAUGUGACAGUGUAGAGGAAUGCGCGGGAGAAAACAGAAUAUGCCAGCACAGUCGCGGUAUCAAGGACGUUCUAUCUGUAGCACUAGCUCUUAACAUAACAACAAAACUCUUGUCCUAUCAAUGUCUGCCUGGGAUGCAGGGUACAUGUAGCUUAACUAAACGUCACAAAUCUCCUGAUCAGAAUUUAUACGGGGUAGCUCCUACGAUCCUCAAAUACUCCUCCUCUAAUGUAAAUGUGUCUUGUAAAUUCUACUUCGGAGAGUUGUACGUGUAUCACAGCUGCAAUGACUUGUGUUCAGAUGCCUCAUGCCCACUUUCUUCAUUAUCUUACCACUCCUGCUCUGGUCUUCCAGACAAGGCCAUCACCUUCGCAGAGGACCCCUCAACCCUGCAACAGUACCUAACAGUGGCACACGAACAGGAUGGUAGGUAUGAAAACAAUCUGUUCUCCUGUAAAAACGGAAGGUGCGUGACGUAUGAUAAAGUCUGCAACUUGGCUAACGACUGUGGAGACGGAAGUGAUGAAGAAUCUUGCGUGAACAACUACCAGUGCAACAAGUCAGAGGAGUUCCUGCCUCUUUCUGCGGUUUGUGACGGUAAUGUGGACUGUUUCGACCUGUCAGACGAGUGCAAUGACCACUGCCAACUUCAGAUAAUAGAUCACGUCUUCCUUAAAGUCUGCGCUUGGGUUUUUGGCGUGUUGGCCACCAUCACAAACAUCACCGUGGUCUCCCGAAAAGUGUGGACUCUUCGGGGUGUGGAAACAAAGACCACGUUGUUCAACUCAGUGUUUGUGAUUUGUAUUGGUGUUGGAGACACGAUGGUGGGUCUGUAUCUAGUUGGAUUAUCUGUAGCGGAUACUAUCUACUCCUCAUCUUACUGCUCAGCUAGGUUUGACUGGCUGAACAGUGGUUACUGUACAGCGCUAGGGGUCCUCAGCAGUGCUGGAUCUACUCUAUCACUCCUGUCCAUGGCAUGUCUGAGCAUGUUUAGGAUCCACAGCAUCAGGAACAUCUUUUCGUCCCGUGGGAUAUCCCGGGAAUCUCAAGUUUAUGUUGUUAUAAUUGUUGGUGUGGUCUUUGUUCUUGCUGCUGGGACUGUUUCUAUUCCUGUGUUUGAAGUUUUUGAGGACUACUUCUUAAACGGGAUUUACUAUGGUAAUGUAAAACUUUUCAUCGGAGCACCCUCUAAACAAGACCACAUCAUCAUAUUGGAGCAGUACUACGGUCGACUGAAGGAUUCCAUGGUGACGUGGAAAGUGGUGAGGAGGCUUGUUGAAGAGAUGUUCACAAACGACCAUGGCGGAAUAUCAGGAUCUGACCGGAAGUUCUACGGGAACUCUGGGUUCGCUAGGAAGACGGAUUGCAUCUGGUUGUUCAAACAGGGUUACUGCUCCACAGAUAAAACGACGAAUAAAAAGCCUGGCAGGUUCCGCAAUUGA